UUUUUUUUUAUUUAUUAGAUUAAUUUAUUUCAUUUUCCGAAAGUUGAUUCUCGUUAAUUAAAAACAAGUCCAUUCGAAAUAUAUAAUUUAAUAAGUAUUAUUGGUUACAUACAACACCAUUUUAUUGAAGAUUUAACUGAAUUCGAACUAGGCAAAUUCCCAAAAACUUCUUAUCACUGCCAUAAUUCUAGCCAAUUAUAUCGUUACAUUAUCUCGCUAUUCAUACACAAUACAAUAUAUAUAUAAUAUAAAUAUUCUUGAAUGUAUCAAUCAUCCACCUCAAUGAACAUAUAAUCAUAAUCCACUCUGAAUCGCCCUAAUUAGUUAGUUAUCAUGAGUAACGCUGCAUUAUUUGUCUCACAUAAGAAAAGGAAGAUUAAAAAUCUGACCUACCCCAAUAUCAAUGCACUAAAACUAGACUCGAAUAAUGAAUCCACCCGCCGCCACGUCAGACCCCUAUUUACGGACGAUGACGGUGACGAUGUAAAAUCUUUUUCACGUUUUUGUUCCGACUCGAGUUACAAAAUAUCGCAUAUUUUAUCUCGAAAAUCAAUAUAUUCCUCCCUCAUAUGCUUAUUCAUAUUCAUACUAGUCUCAUCUCCUUCCGUCAACUCAAAAGCAUGUGAAGGAUGCAGUGGUUCAGAAUGGUGCAAGUGCGAGGGACAAAUCGGAAUGAAAGGAGAAAUGGGUUUAUCCGGUUUACAAGGGUCGUCUGGUUUACCCGGGUUUCCGGGUCCCGAAGGUCCGCCUGGACCUGAUGGACCGAAAGGCGAUACUGGAGAACACGGAGCAGUUGGACCAAAAGGACUUCGGGGUAUAACUGGGAUGCCAGGUUUCACGGGUGUUCCAGGAAUUCCGGGAUUACCUGGUUUAGAAGGUCCAAGAGGUCCACCGGGGCUUGAUGGUUGCAAUGGAACUGAUGGUAGAUCGGGUUUGCCCGGUCCCCCAGGCUUUCAAGGAGCUAACGGAUUACCAGGAAGAGACGGAGCUCCAGGACUUCCGGGAGAUCCCGGAGUCGGUGGCAUCAACUCCGUAGGAACCAAAGGCGAAGGCGGAAUUCCCGGGAGAGAUGGUUUGCCGGGUCAACCCGGAAAUCCAGGCUAUCCAGGGGAAAAAGGUGACAAAGGAGAAACUGGACCUUACGGUUACUCAGGACCACCCGGUGAAAAAGGUGACAAAGGUAACAUGGGACCUGGAUUCCAAGGACCUAAAGGACAAAAAGGAGAACCCGGACCCUCGGGGUUGCCAGGGAGACCUGGAACUUUGAGCAUAGAUAAACCACCAAUCGGUCAAAUUAUACAAGGACCUAAAGGCGAUAUCGGAAUUAAAGGUGAAAAGGGUGAAGGUGGUACAAGAGGAUACGAUGGACUUCCGGGGCAGGAUGGUAUUCCUGGAUUUCCCGGAGGACCCGGAGAAAAGGGAUUACCUGGACCUGCCGGAAAAAGAGGGAAACGCGGAAAAGACGGACCUAUUGGACCAAUGGGAGAAAAAGGUCUUAAAGGUGAAUCUGGAUAUCCAGGAUCAUCAGGACAACCUGGCCGAGCUGGAGGCAAAGGAGACAUAGGUUAUGAAGGAAGACCUGGUCCUCAAGGAUUACCGGGUCUACCAGGUCCUCCAGGACAAGGAGAGUUCGUGCAAGGUCCGACGGGUCCUCAAGGACCCGAAGGUAGGCCUGGCCCCUCAGGAUUGCCAGGUCUCGAUGGAUUACCCGGGCUACCCGGAUUGCAAGGGUUACCCGGAUCGCCAGGGAGAGACGGUUUACCGGGAUCACCCGGUUUACCCGGUAUAUCAAUUAAAGGAAACCCAGGAUUUGAUGGAUCGCCAGGGAUGCCAGGCCCAUCUGGUUUACCCGGAGCUCCCGGGCAUCCAGGAUUAAAAGGAGAGCAAGGACCACCAGGAUAUUCUAUUACCGGACCACCCGGCCCGGAGGGAAGAUAUGGAAAAGACGGUUUAUCCGGCUUACCCGGUUACAGAGGAGAUCCGGGAAUUCCAGGACCACCCGGUUUGCCCGGACAAGGAACGGGGUUGGUUGGGCCACCGGGCCCAUCAGGGUCACCAGGACCGCCAGGUAAUCCAGGUAUACCUGGAUUGGACGGCUUCCCUGGACUUUUAGGGCCUAAAGGCGACAAAGGUCUCGAAUGUCGGCAAUGUUUAGACGGAUUACCCGGACUGCCAGGAGAUAGAGGAGAUAUGGGAAUCCCAGGCAUACCCGGCGAACCCGGACCUCAAGGUUAUCGUGGAGGUCCCGGAUUGAAAGGCGACAAAGGGGAGCAUGGGCCUGCAGGAUUUGAUGGCAUUCCAGGACCACCAGGGAGAGAUGGUCAGCCUGGUAUGCCAGGUGCUAAAGGAGAUCAAGGGCAAGUAGUUUACCCGACAGCUUCAGCAGCCGUUAAGGGCGACAAAGGUGAGGGUGGAUAUCCAGGCCUCGCGGGCUUGCCAGGACUUGACGGACUUCCGGGAGCUCCAGGGGCUCCUGCCUUGCCCGGACUACCUGGCCCUAAAGGUGAUCAUGGAUUAGAUGGAUUUCCGGGAAAAGACGGUUCACCUGGUCUACCCGGUAUGACGGGUCAAAAGGGAAAUCGAGGAGAGGUCUAUCCUGGAAUUCCAGGAGUUGCUGGGCCAGUAGGAGCGCCGGGGUUGCCUGGGUUACCCGGAACGCCUGGAUUCCCAGGUGCCAAAGGUGAACCCGCUAGAUUAGAUCAGAUGCCAGGUAUUCACGGAGAGCCAGGGUUGCCAGGAGCCAAAGGAGAUGCGGGAUACCCUGGAUUAACGGGUCCACCAGGACAGCCAGGCAAACCAGGAAUAGAUGGUCUCCCAGGUUUGCAAGGAAUAGCGGGUAUUCCAGGACAAAGUUCUCAAGGACUUAGAGGGCAGCCAGGUGAUAAAGGAUUUCCUGGUCUUUCUGGCUUACCUGGACCUUCCGGUCAACCAGGUGUAAUGGGCCCCCCAGGGGAUUCCGGCCUUAUGGGCAUGCCCGGACAAAAAGGAAAUCCUGGAUUACCCGGAGCCGCUAGUCAAAUCCAAGGCAGUCCAGGUACUCCCGGGUAUCCAGGCCAAAAGGGAGAUGCGGGCUUUCCCGGAAAAGAGGGUUUACCAGGAGCCCCUGGUAUGCCUGGCAAGACAGGACCGCAAGGAUUACCUGGAGCUGAUGGCUUGCCCGGAUUUCCGGGCGCUAAAGGUGACAGAGGCGAAGCAGGAAUUGGAUUACCGGGUUCGCCUGGAUUCUCUGGAGCUCCUGGAUUAUCAGGAACUCCUGGAACUCCCGGAUUUCCUGGUGCAAAAGGUGAUAUAGGUUUCCCAGGGUUAUCGGGUCCUAAAGGAGAUAGAGGACAAGAUGGAUUCCCUGGUGCGCCGGGUAAAGAUGGAUUCCCGGGUUUAGCUGGUCUACCCGGAAAAGACGGAUUUCCUGGACUUCCAGGGUUACCCGGACAGAAAGGAAAUCCAGGUUCUAGUGGAUAUCCAGGAACACCUGGUAAAGACGGUUUUCCAGGAUUGCCAGGUCUCAAAGGUGAUGCAGGAUUUCCCGGGAAAGAUGGAUUCCCAGGAACUUCAGGGUCUCCUGGAGCUAAAGGUGAGAGAGGACUCGACGGGUUUCCUGGAACACCUGGGUUGCCAGGUGAAGCUGGACUACCAGGUUACCCAGGAGCAAAGGGAGAUGCCGGAUUUCCAGGUCUUGCAGGUGCCCCGGGAGAUGCCGGAGCACCAGGUUAUCCCGGAGCUAAUGGGGCUAAAGGUGACGCCGGUUAUGGAGCUCCUGGUGCCCCGGGUUAUAAAGGUGACGCUGGUAAAGACGGUUUGCCCGGAUUACCAGGAAUGGCGGGCAUGAAAGGGGAUAGAGGAUUAGAUGGAACCCCCGGUUAUCCUGGACAGAAGGGUGAUGCAGGAUUUCCAGGAUUAUCAGGAGCGCCUGGACAACCAGGAAAACCCGGUGCAAUGGGUCAGAAGGGGGAUUCAGGCUACCCCGGUUUAUCUGGUUUGCCCGGAUUGAAAGGCGAUGCCGGUCUACCAGGUCUUAACGGGUAUCCAGGCGAAAAAGGAGAUCAUGGAUUGGACGGAUUCUCAGGACAGCCCGGUUUACCUGGGAAAAAGGGGGAGGUUGGAGCACCAGGUCUACCAGCCCCACCUGGACCAGCAGGUCAACCAGGGAAAGAUGGAGGCCCCGGAUUACCAGGCUUACCAGGUGGUAAAGGUGAUUCAGGAUUAGCCGGACUUCCCGGGCUACCGGGUCAAAAAGGCAACCCAGGAUAUAACGGUUUACCUGGGCUUGACGGGCUACCCGGAUCAGCAGGACCUAGCGGCUUUCCGGGAUUGGCAGGAGCACCAGGUCCACUUGGACCACCAGGCUCGCCCGGACCUCAAGGGGAACCAGGAUUCCCUGGCUUGUCUGGUCUACCAGGCUUGAAAGGAGAUAGAGGAGAUUUGGGUGCACCUGGUAGAGAUGGUGCUCCAGGAAUAUCCGGAGAAAAUCUGCCAGGAGCCCCUGGCUUUCCGGGAGCGAAAGGAGAUGCCGGAUACCCAGGAACCCCUGGCUUACCUGGUCCUGUCGGACCCAAAGGAAGUCCAGGAUUCCCCGGUCUGUCCGGCUUACCCGGUGCUAAAGGUGACGCAGGUUUCCCUGGAUUGAGCACUGCAGGACCUCAAGGACCACCAGGCUUUCCAGGAUUGGCUGGAGCUAAAGGAAACGCGGGUUUGUCAGGAUUCCCAGGUAAAGAUGGUGCCCCCGGAUUUCCGGGAGCUAAAGGUGAUGCCGGAGCACCUGGUUUACCAGGUAGAGACGGAAAUCCCGGUCUAGACGGAUUGCCAGGUCAAAAGGGUAACCCAGGAUACACUCCUCAGAUACCCUCCAACAUGCUGAUACAAGGUCCGAAAGGUGACGCCGGUUUCCCCGGAUUACCUGGAUCACCCGGUCAACCGGGCAAACCCGGAACAGCCGGUUUACCCGGAUUUUCUGGUGCUAAAGGAGACGCUGGUCCUCCCGGAUUUCCCGGAUCUCCCGGGAUGCCCGGACCUAAAGGUGAUGAAGGUGUUCCUGGAUAUGAAGGAUUGCCCGGUUCAUUGGGGCCACCCGGUCCACCAGGAUUUCCGGGCCAAGCCGGAGCUCCUGGUCAUUCAGCUCCAACCAGAGGCUUUUAUUUGACUCGCCACAGUCAAUCCACCGAGGUUCCGAGAUGUCCCGCUGGUACUACUCCAUUAUGGGAAGGUUAUUCCUUGUUACACGUUCAAGGUAAUGAACGGGCUCACGGCCAAGAUUUGGGAUCACCCGGUAGUUGUUUGACCAAAUUUAGCACGAUGCCAUUCUUGUUCUGCAGUUUAGAUAACCUUUGCAACGUGGCAUCCAGAAACGAUUACAGUUAUUGGUUGUCGACGGAAGAACCCAUGAAAUCGAGUAUGUCGCUUAUUCCCGCCGAAGAAAUUAAACCUUACAUUAGUCGCUGCUCUGUGUGUGAAACUCCCGCCAUGGUGAUAGCGGUGCACAGUCAGUCCAUGACUAUUCCUGAUUGCCCUGCCGGAUGGAAUGGGUUGUGGAUUGGAUACAGUUUUGUCAUGCAUACAGGUGCCGGAGCUGAUGGUACUGGUCAAUCCUUAGUGUCCCCAGGGUCCUGUUUGGAAGAUUUCCGAGCUUCUCCCUUCAUAGAAUGCCACGGUAAGGGAACGUGCAAUUACUUCUCUUCUUCUCUAAGUUUUUGGCUAGCAACUAUAGACAAAGAGAACGAAUUCAAGAAACCAGAAGCUCAAACCCUUAAAGCUGGUCAGUUACGAAGCAGAGUGUCGAGAUGUCAAGUGUGUAUUAGAGAUACGGGUGGGGCGCAAUUGCCACCCACUCAGCAAGGGCAACAACAACCUUACCCUUACCCCACGGGUCAGCAACAACCCCAAGCCCAGCAACCUUACCAACCUUAUCCAGAUAGUCAGCAACAACAAUCGGCUCAACGACAGCAGUUAUAUAAUCAAGCCAUAAGGCAACCUCAGAGACCACCACCGUCACAAAGAACUAGCAUAUUUUAUUGAAGACAAUUACGAUUGGCUUAUAAAUUAAAAAUGGCGGAUAUAAUAAAUAAAUUAAAUAAAAGGCAUUUAAAAAAAAUAUAGUAAACAAAAAUAAUUCGAAUAAAUCUAUUUAUUUUUUUUUAUUUUUUCGUAAGAACAAACAAAAAUAUUUUCUUUUAGAAUUUUUUUUUAAUCCGAUAGAUCAAUUUGUAACUUAAAUGCAUAUUAUAAUAACUUAUAAAAUUAUUUUUAUAAACUUUUUUUUAAACACUUAUUUUAUUUCUUCUAUAAUUUUAAUAAAACAGCUGAUUUUAUGUAUUCAAACUUUGUAUGAUUAUUAUAAUUUUAGUAAUAAAUUUGGUUUUUUA